GUGUGAGAGAGAAGAAUGGAGAAAUCAAGGAAGAAAUUUGUUGAUCUGAUAGAUAAAGCAAUAGUUGCUGCUAACACAAUGGACCGUGAAGAGCUACUUUUUUCUUACAAGGGGAUUCUCUACCCUACUACUAUUUGCAGUCCUGAAGUAUUCAGAGCCAUGGAGUCCUUUGAAGCAAGAACUGAUGAUGUCAUUUUGGCAGGAUACCCUAAAUCUGGUACAAACUGGGUAGGUCAGAUCUUAACUGAUCUGGUCACUAUAUCUGAAAAGAAAAAUCAAGAUGAAGAAAACAGUGUAAAUGAGGAAGAACUAGAAUUCCCUUACCUUGAAAUUGGAGAUGUUGAAAAAUAUGAGCGAAUGAACAAAUUAACUUCUCGAAGAGUUAUACUUACUCAUCUCCUUCCUGACAAUCUUCCCAGGUCAGUCUUCAAAAAUAAAGCCAAGAUAUUACUGCUAAUUCGCAAUCCAAAGGAUGUAGCUACCUCUUUUUACCAUUUUUCCAAUGGCUUAUCUUCUAUUCCCUCCUAUGAGACCUGGAACGAUUUCAUCACGGAUUUCAUGAUUGGGAGAAUGCCAUGGGGAUCCUACUUUGAUUUCGUUUCUGAAUGGAACAAGCAUGUUGAUGAUGAAAACAUCAUGCCUAUAACUUAUGAAGAGCUGAAAGAGAAUCAGGUCCUAGGAGUGAAAAAUAUAGCUGCUUUUUUUGGAAUUUCCCUGACUGAAGAAGAGCUUCAGAGUGUUACAGAGAGGAGCAGUUUCCAGUCUAUGAAGGAAAACUCACUGAAGACCCAUGGGGCACUGGGCAGCAUCCUCUUUCGUAAAGGUGGUGUAAGUGACUGGAAGAGUCUUUUCAAUGAAGAUCAGAACCAGGAAAUGGACAAAGCAUUUGAAGAACACAUAGCAGGAACUAAACUGGGUGCAAAGUUGAAGUAUGAAGUAUACUGCAAAACCUGA